AUGCUCAUCUCCAUGCCCAGUCCCCGCCAGCUCAUCACCAUCCUCUCCGCCGCCCUCGCCAGUCUCCUCAUCCUAAGCCUCAUCAUCCCCUCAAGCCGCGACACCGUCCGCGACCUCGUCCGCGAAAAGCUCCCCGGCGUCGACAACAAACCCUCCUCCAACAACGAAGAAAAGCGACCCAAAUACAAACCCACACCAACCUACACUCCUCCUCCAGUAAAAGAAAACUUCCCCCUCCUCGCGACAUCCACCCCGCCCCCGAUCCCAAAAUGGAACGUUCCUCCCCCCGACCUCCACCAGGAAUACGAUCUCCCCGUCGCGCCCCCCCUCUUGAUCGGAUUCACACGCACCUGGCCUCUGCUCCAACAAGCUGUGGUAUCCUACAUCACUGCCGGCUGGCCCCCAAGCCAGAUCUAUGUUGUUGAAAACACGGGGGUCCAACAGUCGAAUGUCAGGGGUCAACUCUCGCUUCAAAACCCCUUUUACCUCAACCACGCCGCGUUGAAGAAACUGGGCGUCAACGUCGUCACCACUCCGACACUUUUGUCUUUUGCCCAGAUGCAGAAUUUUUUCUUGAGUUUGACAUACACCCACAAAUGGCCUUACUACUUUUGGUCGCACAUGGACGUCGUAGCCUACGCCUACGAAGACGGGAAGCCGGGUCUGAGCGGGAAAUACAACGAGAAGAACUACAAAUCCCUGUACGAACUCGCUCUUGUUGCGCUGAAGGAAGCAAGAGAGAAGGAUGAUAGGUGGGGAAUCAGGUUUUUUGCUUAUGACCAUCUCGCGCUGGUGAACCCAGCUGCGUUUGAGGAUGUAGGAGGAUGGGAUACGCAUAUCCCUUAUUAUAUGACUGAUUGUGAUAUGCACUCCAAGUUGAUUAUGAGGAACUGGACGCAGAAGGAUGCCAAGGCGGGGAUUAUCACCGAUGUGGCGAGCGCGCUGGCGGAUUUGAGUGUUUUGUAUAGACUGGAGGGGGGGCCGGAGCCGAGUUUUGUUGAUCCAAAUCCGCCUCCGCCGAAGAAGGAGGAAAAGGAGAGGAGGGGGAAGAGUAGGAUUAAGAGGGUGGGUUAUGGGGAGGAUGGGGGGCCGUUGCCGGCGGAUAGAGAUAAGAGGGAGGAGGAUCCGAAUUGGAGGAAGUGGAGGAAUUUGGUUAUUACGGCUGAUAAGCAGUUUCAACAUAAACAUGGGGAUAGGGAGAGGAAUACUUGGCAACUUGGGCAGCAGGGUGGGAAGGGGGAGCCGUUUUAUUAUCCGGCCGUUGGGUUGGCAAAGUCGAUUGAGCUGAUGACGGAGACGGGGAGGGAGGUUUUCAGGCAGAAGUGGGGACAUAGAGGGUGUGAUUUGGUUUCGGGGGCUAAGUUGAAGUAUGAUGAUGCUUGGAUGGUGGAGAAGGAUUGGUAG